GCACAUCAGAGCAGACCUUAUUCACACAGUGACAACCCCGAGAGCCUCCGAGGCCCUUCCAGAUCCUCCGAGAGCCUUCGGGACCGUCCAAGAUCUCACAUGUCUACCCAGGACCUUCUAAAACCCCCAAAGUCCGUGCGCCACCUUCCAAGUCACUCCGGGACCGUUCAAAUCGCUCCCAAACUUUCAAAGCCCGUCCGAGACCUUGCGCAACGUCCUCCCAUGUAUCAGCAGGACCUUCCGAGACCUUCCAGAAGCUUCCAAGUCUCUCCAGGGCAAUCUGUCAACAUGGAGUCCAGACGUCCUGAGCAGCAACUCCGCUUCAGGUUGAAGAGGACAAAGAGAGACUGGAGACCGCUGGAGGAGCGAAGCUGCACUGACCUGCCCUGGUUCCUGCUCUUCAUCAUCUUCUGUGUCGGCAUGGGCAGCGUGUGCGCGUUCACGGUGGCGUCGGGGGGCGCGGCCCGCCUGAUCUCGGGCUACGACAGCUACGGCAACACCUGCGGACGCCGGAACCAGCACCUGGACGGGGUCCGGCUCAGCGGCCUGGACCACACGGACAGGAAGUUCGUCUUCUUUUUGGAUCCGUGCAACAUCGACAUCGUUCAGAGGAAGAUGAAGUCGGUGGCGCUCUGCGUGUCCCUGUGCCCCCCCCACACCCUCCACACCUACCACGACCUCAAGACCUUCGCCGUGCUCAACGGUUCUGAGCUGUGUUCGUACGAGUUGGCGGGUCACAAGUACCCCGGCCUGCCCGAGAGGUUCGCCAAGUGUCCCAAGCUUCCCGUCCCGCCCAGCAAGCCUUUGCCGCUCUUCAAUCGCUGCACGCCGGUGGACAUCUCGUGUUACUCCAAGUUCGCCGAAGCCGUGGUGACCUUCGUUAGCGACGACUCCUUCCUGCAUCGAGUCAUCGCCGGCGUGGCGGCCUGUAAAGAAGUCAUCGUGGGCCUUUGUGUCUUCGCGCUCGUUCUGUCGACGGUGCUGACGGUAAUCAUUCGCUACAUCUCGACGGCCCUGGUGUGGAUCCUCAGCUCGUUGGCGGUGCUCGGCUCUCUGGCGGGCACCGGCAUUCUGUGGUGGUUCUACGUGGACCACCGUCUCCACAGAAACCACACGGACACCGAGGCGGCCAAAGAGGAGGAGCUCGGUUGGGACGGAGACCGGACGCUGCUGGUCUACGCCGUCGCCGCCUCCGUCUUCACGGGGAUCCUGCUGCUGCUGAUGCUGUUCAUGAGGAAGCGCGUGGCGUUGGCCAUCGCUCUGUUCCACGUGGCCGGAAAAGUUUUCAUUCAUUUGCCGCUGCUCACGCUGCAGCCGUUCGUCACCUUUCUCGUGCUGCUCUUCUUCUGGAUUUAUUGGAUCCUGGUCCUCCUGUUCCUGGGAACUAGCGGGGAGGCGGUGCACAACGAGGAGGCCGGGCUGACCGAAUUCCGUCUGACGGGUCGCCUGGAGUACCUGACCUGGUUCCACGCCGUGGGCCUGCUGUGGAUUACCGAGUUCAUCCUGGCCUGCCAGCAGAUGACGGUGGCCGGCGCCGUGGUCACCUACUACUUCACCAGGGACAAGAAGCGACUUCCGGCCUGGCCCGUCGUUGGCGCGGCCUUGCGGCUGCUGCGCUAUCACGUGGGCACGGUGGCCAAGGGCUCCUUCAUCAUCACGCUGGUCAAGGUGCCCAGACUCCUCCUCAUCUACGUGCACAAGCAGCUCAAAGGGAAGGAAAACGCGUGCGCUCGCUGCGUGCUCAGGUCGUGCAUCUGCUGCCUCUGGUGUCUGGAGAAGUGCCUCAAUUAUCUCAACCAGAACGCUUACGCCGCCACCGCCAUCAACAGCACGGGCUUCUGCACGUCCGCCCGAGACGCUUUCGUCCUGCUGGUGGAGAACGCCCUGCGGGUCGCGACUGUCAACGCCAUCGGGGACUUUGUUCUCUUCCUGGGGAAGAUUCUGAUCGUUACCACGACGGCGUUCGCCGGCGUUCUGCUGCUCAACGCGCGUCGAGAUUACGCCGAGUGGCUGCUGCCGCUGGUCAUCGUGUGUCUGUUCGCCUUCUUGGUGGCGCACUGCUUCCUGUCCGUCUUCGAGAUGGUGGUGGACGUCCUCUUCCUGUGCUUCGCCAUCGACACAAAGUACAACGACGGCACGCCGGGAAAGGAGUUCUUCAUGGACAAAGCUCUCAUGGAACUGGUCGAGCGCAGCCGGCGCUCGGAGCGGGCGGCCGGCAGGGGGCGGACCCGCGUCAAGGAAGCGCCGUCGGAGGGGGCGGAGAUGAAACCCAUGGUGAGUGGCGAGGGUGGGGCCGGGGUGUGCGUGGAGUGGGAGGAGCUGGAGGAGUUCCAGGUGUACUACCUCCUGGUGGCGGUCUUCCUGGACUGCGCCCUCACACCGCGCGCAGACUUCCUGUUCUGCCUCAGCCACGACAUCUUCCUCUUCCUGUGCGUCUUCCUGCCGACCUCCACCCUCUUCCUGUUCGUACGCCUGCUGGACUCCACUCCGGGCUCCGCCCCUUCCACGCCGCCUGGCUCUGCUCACUAAGCGGAGCGACGGACACGCCAACUGCUCCGUGGUUCACGCCUUGUCGUCGUCGUCGUCGAGGCCGCCGUCAUAUUCAUCAUGAGGGAUGCUCGACAGCGCUACUUGUUCACACUUGAUUGCGGCGCUUUACUGCUUCCAAACGGUUAUUUGCUUCUUCACGGAUUUGCCUGUUCGUAGGGUUAGGAUCAAUUGUGCAGUUUUUACAUUUUGACAACAGCGGAACCAGCCCCUCUUGUUUUUUUUUCAUGUGUGUGGAAAAUGCCUGUAGUCGGUGCAUUCCCGCCUAUUUUUUUUGGGGGGGGGGGACAACCUUUAUCCAUGGCAAUUGUAAUUAUUUGUAGAUUACCAGGAGCAUCAGCAUUUAUAAUACGUAAUGACAGACAAUGGUGAAGACUCUCUCUCUCUCUCACUCACUCUUUCCUUCCUUCCACACGACGACGGCGCAAUGUGUCAAAGCGCCACCGUUUAGCUUGUGAGGAGGCCUAACGUUUUUUUGCCUUAAGUAUUGGCAGCCUUCGCAAAUCGGCCCAAACGCGCACUCGCCCAUCCCUAAUCAUCAUCAUUUUGUUCCCGCCAUGUUUUUCUUUGCGGUUUUCCAUCGCCGACUCCUCAUUUUCAUCAUCACCCCGGUGACACCCGACGGUACGCCAGACGAUCGCUCGCUCGUUGGCUUGAUUUCCCGCAAUGUUCCCGUCUAACCUCGCGAUUGUCAUUUCCCGUUUCAGGCUCCAGGGACAAGUUCGGCUUGACGAAAAGGAGCCGGUGGGACUUGUUCAAAGAAAAGAAAAUGUAUUUUUUAGCGACGUGCAACUUGUUUACUCUCUUUUCACUCCAGGAAAACAAUAUUUUAAUAACAAGACAA